GGCAGACCCGGAUCAGGAUCCAGCAGAGCCGCAGUUUGGACUGAACCAGGCGUCCACGCAGUAACUUGUGUGAAAGUGAGGAGUAGAGAGUGGGACGCUCACCAGCGCGGUUCUCUGUCCCCCUCCCCGCCCCUCUCACGGACUUAUCUCCCCAACAGGACGGGGGCCGGGUGUUUUUAAGGGAUACCGCUCAGGCUAAAACAAACACACCCUCCCCAGCAGCAUCCUGAGGAGUCUCAGUCACUUCCACUGAGAGGGAGCAACAGGUUGAGAAGGAAGGAGAGAGAGAAGCUCACCAUGCCGAGCAAAAGCCAGUAUCUGCGCCCCCGGCUCUGCACGCUGCACAAGGGGGACAACGGCUACGGCUUCCACCUCCACGGGGAGAAGGGGAAGACGGGCCAGUUCAUCCGCCUGGUGGAGCCCGACAGCCCGGCCGAGUCGUCGGGGCUCUGCGCCGGAGACCGGCUGGUGUUCGUGAACGGCGACGAGGUGGAGAGCGAGAGCCACCAGCAGGUCGUGUCCCGGAUACGAGCCACCGCGGGCCCGCUGGAGCUCAUAGUGGUGGACCCGGAGACGGAGCAGCUGCUGAAGAAGCACAACUUAAAGUGUUUGAAGGAGUACGUCUCCGAGGGUCUCCCCUUACCUCUAGAGGAGGAGGAGGAGGAGGAGGAGGAAGGCGAGGAGGUGACGGUGGAAGAGGAGAAGGAGGCUGAGGAGGAGGAGGAGGUAGUGGUGGAGGAGGAGGACACGGAGGCAGACGGGACAGAAAACGGGGAUGUGAAGGUGGCAGAGGUGGAAAAUGAGGUGGAGGUGGCUGAGCAGGAGCAGGAACCGGAGGAGACACCCAGGGAGCUCACUCCGGUCCCGGUGGUACCGGACAGGAACGGAGAAGUCCAUCAACAGGUGGAGAAGAAGCUGAGCAUCAGCUCCGAGAAGGAGGAGCGCGCCGAGCUGCGGCCGCGUCUCUGCGUGAUCCAGCGCGGGUCUAACGGAUAUGGCUUCAACCUGCACAGCGAGCGGGCGCGACCGGGCCAGUACAUCAGAGCGGUGGAUGACGACUCUCCAGCCGAGAGGGCCGGCCUGCAGCCGAAGGACAGGAUAGUAGAGGUGAACAGUGUCUCUGUGGAGGGGAAGACGCAUUCAGAGGUGGUCGGCGCCAUUAAAGCGGGCGGAGACGUGACCCGGCUGCUCGUGGUGGACCCCGACACCGACGCCUUCUUCAAGAGAUGCAGGGUGACCCCCACCUUGGAGCACUUAACUGGUCCCCUUCCAGAGCCAGUCGUUAAUGGAGAAGAGAAGGUGAAUGGAAGAGUACCCAAAGAGAGAGAGAGAGAGAGGAACUCGAAGCUUUCCGUCAGUCCUUCUCCGUCCAAUGCGUCGUCCAACGCCUCACUCACAACCCCGUCUGCACACACCCCACCUGAGGGUCUGGUCACAAAUGCCAUCCCAGGUCUCAACCUCACGCUGCAGCAGGUCAAAGAGCUCACCCACCAGAAACGCUCCAACAAGAGAGCACCACCCAUGGACUGGACCAAGAAAAACGAGCUCUUCAGCAACCUAUAGGACACCUGUGUUCACCCGAAGCCACACUUUUAAUUUUAGAAAAUCUUUCCUAGAGAUGUCAGAGAGAGGUAUUUUAUUAUGAUGAUGUUCUACAGAUAAACACAUCAUAGGAAGUUAAUGCUGUUCUAUAAAAUAUAGCAUUCCUCUAAGGUAUUAUUCCUCACGUUAUUAUAAACCGUAUAUAAUACUGUUUAUUUUUAUGUGCUUCUAACCAGAAGAAAUAUAUAUGCCAAUGAAACAGAGACCUAUAUUCUGGUCAGGUUGGAGUAGACAGUUGCCUCUUUCUGUUUUGAUUUCUGAGUGUGUGUCUGACCAAGCGUGUGUGUUAGGCACAUGAGGAAAUGUGAAGGAGUUGCAUAUUUUAACACUGAACUUUUUAUUGUCAAAACAGCCACAUGACUACCGCCUGACAAUCAGUCAAUUAAUAUAAAGUUUUUUCUAAGUUACUCCCAUGUCUUUCAGUUCUGACGUGAAUAAAUCACUGAAAGAGUUCAUUGUUUUCCCCUAGAAUCUACUUUCUAACUGUGUAUCCUUUUUAUGCUUAAACCCUAUUUGGUAUUUUAUAAAUAAUUAAAUCACCUCUGACCAACUUCCACAUCCCUACUGAAGAAAAGCACAGCACGAUGCUGCCGCCAUGUUUUCAUGCGUUCAUUUUCAGCUACGUGUAAAAUUCAAAACCUUACAAAAAUGCUCUCUAACACAUGAUACAGUCAUUUGUAUUGACUCAUCUGGAGUCGAUAGAAAAUGAACAUUUUGUAUUGCAACUAAAAACAGAUAUUUUAUUUUCACCUGCCUCUCAGGGUUUCCAUAGUUUGUCCUUCUUGUCUUUUUUGAGUUUAUAUAUCAUUUUAACCUAAAUCCCUAUUAAAUAUC